GAGCGCUAAGGCUGCUUUGGAAUUACUUGUUUACAAAAUUUUUGACACACCGUAUUCAGUUACAUUCAUUCAAUUUUAUUUUUUCGUUUCUCUAAAAAAAAAUAACGAAUCUCCUUUAAAAAGUGUUAAUAAUAAUUUUGAAAAAAAAGUUGUAUUUUAUCUAGAAAUAAUGGAUAUCGGAGAAUUGUUAUCCUAUAAGCCUCCAAACACUCCAAAACGAGGAUUAGGAGGUGAAAUUCAAGACGACGAGGAAGAUGAAUGGGAAAGUUCAAAAAGAAGAAAAAAAGUCAUUAGAACUCCAUAUCAUCCUCGUCAAAGGCAAAUGGAUGUUGAAAGUACUCCUAUUCGAAAUAUUGAGCCUCCAACUCCAAUUAGAUCGGAUCUUCCAUCAUCAGUUCACGAUGUUGUUGAGACACAAUUAACUGAAGAGGAGAAGGAAGAUAUUCUCAAAUAUGUUGAGACAGAAGCCGCAGAAACAGAACUUCUCGAUGAAGCUUCACUUAAAAGAAUGAUUCUUCUCUUUGAAAAGCGAGCACUCAGAAAUCAGGAAAUGAGAGUCAAAUUUCCCGAUCAACCGGAAAAAUUCAUGGAAUCGGAAAUUGAAUUACAUGAAACAAUUCAGGAACUUCGUCAAGUCUCCACAUGUCCGGAUUUAUAUCCGACAAUGGUUGAAUUAAAUGUAGUUCCUUCUUUACUUGAACUUUUGUCCCAUGAGAAUACAGAUGUUGCAGUUGGUAUUGUUACUUUAUUGCAAGAUCUCACUGAUAUGGAAAAUUUCGACGAGACUGUUGAGAGCGUUGAAUCAUUGAUUAAUACACUUGUUGAUCAACAAAUUUUUGCUCUUCUCGUUCAAAAUAUUGAGAGACUCGACGAAACAGUCAAGGAAGAAAGUGAUGGAGUGCACAACACAUUAGCAAUUUUUGAAAAUGUAUUGGAAUUUAAUCCAGAACUAAGAGCAGAAGCGGGAAAACAAGGAUUAAUGCAAUGGCUAUUAAAAAGAAUAAAAGCAAAAAUGCCCUACGAUGCAAAUAAACUUUAUGCCAGUGAAUUACUUUCAAUUCUUCUUCAAGAUUCAAUUGACAAUGCCACACUUUUGGGAGAUUUAGACGGUGUUGAUGUUUUACUACAACAACUUGCGUAUUACAAACGUCACGAUCCACAAAGUGCAGACGAACAGGAAAUGAUGGAAAAUCUUUUUAAUGUUCUAUGCUCAAGUUUAUUGUUAACUGUAAAUAAAGAUAGAUUUCUCAGAGGUGAAGGUCUUCAACUUAUGAAUUUAAUGCUACGUGAGAAGAAAAUGUCAAGGAAUGGUUCAUUGAAGGUUCUUAGUUAUGCAAUGAAUGGUCCAGAUGGAAAAGAUAAUUGUAAUAAAUUUGUCGACAUUUUGGGAUUGAGGACAAUAUUUCCACUUUUUAUGAAAACGCCAACAAAAAAUAGAAAGAAAUUAUUAUCUGUUGAACAACACGAAGAAUACGUUGUUUGGAUUAUUGCGAGUAUGUUGAAAAAUUGUAAAGGAACACAGAGGCAACGUUUACUCAGUAAAUUUACUGAAAAUGAUUUUGAAAAAGUUGACAGACUUAUGGAACUUCAUUUUAAAUAUUUAGAAAGGGUAGAGGAAAUUGAAAAAGAGGCGCAGGAAGAGAAUGAUGAAGAUGAAUCUUAUUUAAAAAGACUCGAUGGCGGAUUAUUUAUUCUACAAGGUGUAGAUUAUAUUCUUUUAGAAGCAUGUGCUGGUUGUCCACCGGCCGUUAAACAAAGAGUAACUAGAAUUUUAUCACAGAGAAGAGCUUCUCUGAAAACAAUUAGACAUAUAAUGCGAGAAUAUGCAGGAAAUUUGGGAGAUGCUGCAGAACCAGAGUACAAAGAAGCUGAACAACAACAUAUUCUUCAAUUGAUUGACAAAUUUUAAAUUAAUGUUUUUUGAAUGAUUUUUUUUUUUUUUUUAAGGAUCAUUACGGGAAUUUUUUUGUACUAUCAAGGUAUUUAUAUAUAUUUAGAAUCGACUUUUAUAAUAUUAUAUAUAUAUAGAAAAGUAAAACCAAACCAAUUAAUGAUUAAAGAGAUGAUUUUAAAAUUUAAA